CUGUCAUCUGUCAAAAUUAAAUCCAAAAUUCGAAUCGAAUCACAUUUCACCAUUUAUUUUAAAUCUGAAAAAUUAAGAAUACCUGGAAAAGUUCAAAUUAACUUUCAGAAUGACAAAAAUAUCCUUAGAACAAAUUAAUUCCAUUGGAAAAGUUCUGAAUAAUAAGGAUCGGCCCCUGAAAGAACGAUUCCGGGCUUUGUUCACAUUGAAAAACAUAGGUGGAAAGGAAUCUGUUGAAGAAAUAAGUAGAUGUUUUGAAGAUGAUUCAGCUUUGCUUAAACACGAAUUGGCCUAUUGUUUGGGACAGAUGCAAGAUACAUCAGCUAUUGGCGUUCUUACUAAAGUCCUCGAAGAUAUCAAGCAAGAACCAAUGGUCCGACAUGAAGCAGGUGAAGCACUUGGAGCAAUUGGUGUUCCUGAAGUUAUACCAAUUCUUGAAAAAUACCUUAACGACCCAUGUGUAGAAGUUGCCGAAACAUGUAAAAUUGCUCUAGACCGUGUGAAUUGGCUAAAAGAUGGUAACUCUGUAGAUGACAACAAUCCAUACCGUUCUGUGGAUCCUUCUCCGCCAACAAAGAAUCAGCUCACUGUUGCUGACUUAAAGAAAACUUAUCUUAAUCCAGAGGAAUCGUUGUUUGAUAGAUAUCGUGCGAUGUUCAGUUUAAGAAACUUACGAACUGAAGAAAGUGUAUUAGCAUUGACCGAAGGCUUAAAAGAUCAGAGUGCUCUUUUUCGACAUGAAGUUGCAUUUGUUUUGGGUCAACUACAAGAACCAUGCAGUAUCCAAUACUUAAAAGAAAAUCUUGAGGAUCCUAGUGAAAACGAAAUGGUUCGCCAUGAGUGUGCAGAAGCAUUAGGAGCGAUUGCAACAGAGGAGUGUAUGAAAAUCCUUAAUAGCUAUUUGAACGAUGACAAGCGGGUGGUGAAAGAGAGUUGUAUUAUUGCCCUUGAUAUGUGUGAGUAUGAGAACAGUCCAGAAUUUCAAUAUGCCGAUGGAUUGGUUAAUACUGAAAAGUAGUAUACAUCUUGUUUUAUAAUUUUUGUACAAACGAUAAAUAAAUGAAAAUUCAUUGCUUCAAAACAAAUAAUUGUUUGACCUACUUCA